CACUGCGCCGGAAGAUGCUGAGACGAAAAUGCUAAAUCGUGACGCCACAACUUCAAUAAUAGUUACUUUUAUUGUAUUUUGUUUUGUAUGUGUAUAAUGAUACACGGCACUAUUUUAUGUUAGUAGCAUGAUCCGCCAUGCAAGAUAUGUUGUACAUGCGCAUUGAUAUGUAUGUGUGCUGUUGCCCUUGAACCAGUAAAUGGUUAAAGUGAUGUCCAUGGUUCCUGCGUCUUUUUAUUUUAAUAUAUAACUGUUGUAGUGUUGGCAGAACACAACAGAACUGGCGACGAGAUUAGUAACGUGCCCCGACAGUGCAAUAUCACACAGAAACGUGUAGUGUUAUCUCCUGAAAAUCACGUUGUUGUCCACCCCGCAUCGGUGCUAGCUAGCUAGCCUAACGUUACGCCACGGAUUGGAAAAGCCAGCUACGGUCGGAGGAAGGAGCACUACACAACUGAAGGAGAGCGGGCUGUGCGACGGCGCCAGGAGCUGGGGAAAGUAAUUCACGAAAACCACAUCACCAUGAACAUCCACAAGAGGAGCCCUGCUUUGUGAGAUGGAAGCAUAAUUAUCCAAAGAAGACUUGCAUUCGGUUCUCAUUUUUCUGAACAACCAUGAGUACUGAACCAGCACCUCUUACCCCAGUGCCUGUAAAAUACAGAAGCAGCUUUUUGAUCAAGACAGUACUUUUCAUUUUAAUUGUUGUUUUUUAUUUUUACGUUUAUUUUUCUGGAACUUACAAGUGGACAACCCUUAUGACAGUGGAGUUGCAAAACCUUUCCUUCAAGCAAGGAAUGGAACUGCGAGUCACCGGUGUCCCUGAACCCCAUGCGGUUAGUUUCACAAUCAAUGUGGGUGAAUCUGAGUGCAACAUUGCGCUCCACAUCAACCCUCGCUUUCAAGGCUGUGGCCCAGGUGUCAUCGUCCUGAACGCCAUGAAGGAUGGGUCCUGGGGUACUGAAGUGAGAGAUGAAAGAAACUUUCCUUUCCGGCAGGGCGAGGAGUUUGAGGUGUCCAUCACCUUUGCCAAUGACAAGUUUUACAUUAGCCUGCACGACGGCCACAUGCUGGAGUUCCCCAACCGCCUGGAACAGCCCCAGUACAGUAAAAUCUGGUUUACAGCAGACGUCAGAAUCACCGGCAUAUAUGUCAAAUAGAGACCCACCAGGAGGUGUUAGAUAUACCCUUUCUGGCUCCUGCUUGGCUGCUCUGCUUCUGCUUCCUGGUGCCUUCAUACAGCUGUGCCACGAGUGCUACGAUCUCCCAGAGAUCAGUGCCUUUAAUCUUGUGCUUCUCUGCGACAUUUAGACCCUCUGGUGUCUGUCCAAACCCACUGCGUAUGAUAAACAAUCCAGCUUCAACAAUAAAUCUCUAUCAUGAGUAAA